UCAUGGGAGUGUACCUGCUCAUGCUGAACAUGUCGCGCUGUCAGGGAAUGCGCUCCCAAAUCGCUGGAAAUUACAGAUAUGAUUUAAUGUGAUGUCCGGACGCAAUCAAAAGGACGCCAAAAAAAUCGGGAAAAAGAAGUUCGGCUCGGCUGUGAAUAACGGAAUGCGAUGAAGAAUUUGGUUUUGAAAGCGAAGUGCACAUAAACUAUGAACGGAUGAUACUCUGUGUCGCUUGCGGUGUGUUUAAGGGACCGGGGCGAGGCAUCAUGCGAUCUACCUGAGCGUGAUUGUUCCACCUGGAGGUUACAGGAUGCCGGUGCAGGCAGCUCAAUGGACUGAGUUUCUAUCCUGCCCCAUCUGCUAUAAUGAGUUUGACGCCUGCAGCCACAAGCCCAUCAGCCUGGGCUGCUCGCACACCGUUUGCAAGACGUGCCUGCACAAACUGCACCGCAAGGCCUGUCCUUUUGACCAGACGGCCAUUAGCACUGACAUUGAUGUGCUGCCUGUCAACUGUGCCCUCCUGCAGCUGGUGGGGGCACCGGUUCCGGAGGGAGAGAAUGUGAGUGUGGGCAGUGUUGAAGAGACAAGACAUUAUGAAGUGUGCAGGAUCUGUGUGGAGGAGCUGGCGCUGUAUCUCAGACCAAUCAGUGGAGGAAAAGGUGUAGUGACCCUCAGUCCGAGCACGCUCAGUAGACCCAUGCAGAGGAAGCUGGUGACCCUGGUGAACUGCCAGCUGGUCGAGGAGGAGGGGCGUAUGAGGGCGGUCCGGGCGUGCAGAUCUCUGGGUGAGCGCACCGUCACUGAACUGAUCCUGCAGCACCAGAACCCACAGCAGCUCUCCGCCAACCUAUGGGCCGCUGUUCGGGCCCGCGGCUGUCAGUUUCUAGGACCUGCCAUGCAGGAAGACGGUCUGAAGCUGGUGCUGCUGGCUCUGGAGGACGGCUCGGCUCUCUCGAGGAAGGUUCUGGUGCUGUUUGUGGUGCAGAAACUAGAAGCACGCUUCCCUCAGGCGUCUAAGACCAGCAUCGGUCAUGUAGUUCAGCUGCUGUACCGCGCCUCCUGCUUUAAGGUGACCAAACGUGAUGAGGACUCCUCCCUCAUGCAGCUCAAAGAGGAGUUUCGCACGUAUGAAGCCCUGCGGCGUGAGCACGACGCUCAGAUCGUUCACAUCGCAAUGGAAGCAGGACUGCGCAUCUCACCGGAGCAGUGGUCGUCUCUGCUGUACGGGGAUCUCAUGCACAAAUCUCACAUGCAGUCAAUCAUAGACAAGCUUCAGUCCCCAGAAUCCUUUGCAAAGAGCGUGCAGGAGCUCACUAUAAUCCUGCAGAGAACAGGAGACCCAGCCAACCUCAACAGCCUCAGAGCUCCUCUCGAGCGGCUGGCCGGCAUCGACCACAACCCUGAUGCGGCCGCUCCGUCCUGGACAGAGCUGGAGAGUGUGUUAUUGGCUGUGAAGGUUGUUGUCCACGGGCUGGUGGAAUUCAUCCAAAUCUUCAGCAAAAAGUCCAGUGAAAGCCCCCAGGCUCAACCCAACAGCAAGUACAAGACGAGUAUGUGCAGGGACUUACGGCAGCAGGGCGGCUGCCCAAGAGGGGCCAGUUGCACUUUUGCCCACACGCAGGAGGAGCUUGAGAAGCACAGAUUGAGGAAUAGGAAACCCAGUGGGGCGGUGAGGCCCUUCCCAUCAGUUCCAGUGGUUGUGCCCAAAACGGGCACCAAAGGAGCAGUCCCAGGGUCAGAGGUGAAGAACCAUGAGAAAGACGCCCCAGAGGAUGCAUCUCCCACUCAACUCAUCCCAAGAGGAGGAGACCACCAGGAGGACAACACACUCCCCAAUAGUGCUAACGGACUGCCUGCUGCCAACGUAGACCAAAAUUCUGUCAGUGGGAGCCAGUCCUCUGCAAUAGCUUCAAGACUGUGUACAGAGGAUGACUGUGGUCUCCUCAAACACGGGCCUGUCCUCACGAGAGCUCAUCCUAAGAUUUACUAUUCUCAGGACCAGAGACCAUAUGACCUGUCACCCUACCACCAACCUGCCUUUCCUCCUCACAAGUCAUGCAACGCUCGUUUUCAUCGUUCCAGCAAUGUGACCGAAUCCAUGUUACCCCCUUCGAUGGGCCCUCUGUACCCAGAUCAGCACCCCUCUAUUCCUCCUGCAGACAGAUUAGGCCCUGCCCUGUAUGGCCCACCCUCGACCUACACCUCUAUGUCCCAUGCACAUGGCAUGUACACCCCAGUCUACGACAGCAGGCGCAUGUGGAGGCCUCCGCUGUAUCCCAGGGAUGGUGGGAGGAGUAACUCUCUCCCUCCAGAGGUUUUCCAUUCCACUGUCUACCAGCCGCCCCUCCGAGAGCGCUUCAACUCGCUGGACAGCCCCUACUGCAGCAGAGCGGAGCAGAAAGCGCCAAUGCACAGGGACACGUACUCCCGUGUUCCUCUUGGCUAUGAGGAUCUCUGUCGCCACAAACAGGAACAGUGGCUACAUCACCACAGCAACAUGAACAGGCCCCCUCAGUCCUCCCCAGACUUCACUGUGGAUAUGUGUCCUGAGCAUCCUGAAGGUGUAGGUGGUGGGCGUAUGACUUGUAAGUGUCAUGGUGGAGAAGAGAGUCUUGCCCACUAUUCGCCCUGGUCGUGCAGCACCAUCAGCCCAUUUGAGUCAGAGCCUCACCAUUUGUCAACCCACUCCUGUUCCAAACAGCUAGACAGCGAAAGUGGCGGCAAAUGGUGGCUGCACAUGUUCGAGCCCUACAGGCGACUGAAAGAUGAAGAUCCCAUCAUUCCUUUUGGAGAGGGGCCCAUAAUCUCUAAAUGGGGAGCCAUCUCCCGCGCUUCACGCACUGGCUUUCACACAACUGCCCCGGUCCAGUCCACUGCAUCGCAAGGGUGCGGCGGCACCACUUCAGUCAACUUCAGAGACUAUAGCUGUCAUAUUGGUCACAGUGACCUCAGAUGGGACCCACGUGGUUCUGACUCUUCUAGUCACUCCAGCUUUCUAGAAAGCGAUCAGCUGGUCGUGUCAGGGCUGCAUGUAAGGCACAGUUCCUUCAGCAGCGGGUCAAAGCAGGGCACAGAUCUGCUGGGGAAGGAUGGGACAGAGAGUGAGCCUGACAGAGACAUCAAGCUGGAGCUGUCCGCUCUGGACAUGGAGGACACAGAGACACAGGACUGCAACUCUGAGGACUCAAUGGAAACACAAAGCCACUACCAGAACAACCGCCUCUCUGCCAUCUUCUGUGAUCAAGCGGCAAGUUCUCAUUUGGAAAAUAACCUGCCUGUCAGAAUGGACGCCCAUCUUAUGAAGAAGAUGGCAUUCAGAAAGACCCUCUCUCCUGGAGACCUCAGUAUGGGGAAUAUGCAGAUGAGGACAUGCUCGCCCAUGCCUGGAGAUACUCUGCGACCCAGUCCAGGACCUGAGAUGCUGCUAAACGGGAACUGAAGGGUGCUGAAAACACCAGUCCUCCUCAUGGUCCGAUUCCAUGUGGUCAUGCCAAGAAUCCACCAUCCUCCUUAGGUAGAAGGUAGAGUUGCCCUUAUAGGAGUCAAUCGAGGCAGCGAGACGCAGCCGAAAGCCUUCUGUAUUCAUGUGUUCUCUUCAUAAGAGCUAGCUAUGCCCUGUAAUUGUAAUCACUCAUCAUCUGUUCAGAGUCUGUUUUUUUUUCUUAAUCACUGCUUGUGCAUGAAUGUUCACGUUGAGUCACAACUCCACCUCAGGUAACUCUUGACCUCAGCCAAUCAGAACUCUCUCCAAGACAGGAAAACAAUUACCCAUGUCCCGUAACUCUGUACAGAAGUGACGGUUCUCACUAGCUUUUAGCACACUGAGGAAACCAUAAUCUACUGUAUUAUUAUAUAGCAGACUCUUCCAAUAUAUAUUAAGAAUAACCAAGGUGCUUGGAAUCUAUAGUACAUGCAUUAUUAUUAUUAUUGCAGUGUUAGCCACUGAAAUGUAAUAUGCAUUAAUUGUUUGUUGGGCAUCAUUGUUUGAAAAAAAAAACACAUUAAUUGAUCAUUAUUUAAAUGUACUGCAUGUGUGUGCAUUGUGGUAUAUGUCUGGUAUCUCUAAGAGACAUUUCACAGGCAAUCAUUCAAUAUUUUGUAGAAAAAUUCAAAAGAAACAGUUCACCCAAAAAUGAAAAGUCUGUCAUUCUGAACACAGCAUUAACUUAUUUCCAAGUGUUAUUUCCAAGUCUUAUGAAGCCUUGCUAUAAAUUUGUGUGUGGAAUUUAUGCAGUUAAUCACUGGAAUUUAAUUGGCCAUUGGCAGUGUUGUAGUCGAGACCAGCUUGUUUGAGUCCAAGUCCACCCCUGAAUAAUUACGCUGAGUCAAGACUAAGACCAGAAGAGGGUUGAGUCUGACUCAGAGUUGAAGAAGACCAGAAGAGGGCCCAGUCCAAGUUAAGACCGAGACCAGAAGAUGGGCGGGUCUGAGUCAAGACAGAUACCAGAAAUGGGGGUGGAGUCUGAGUGAAGACAGAGACCAGAAGAGGGUUGAGUCUGAGUCAAGACAGAGACCAGAAGAGGGUGGAGUCUGAGUGAAGACAGAGACCAGAAGAGGGUUGAGUCUGAGUGAAGACAGAGACCAGAAGAGGGUUGAGUCUGAGUGAGGACAGAGACCAGAAGAGAGUGGAGUCUGAGUGAGGACAGAGACCAGAAGAGGGUUGAGUCUGAGUGAGGACAGAGACCAGAAGAGGGUGGAGUCUGAGUCAAGACAGAGACCAGAAGAGGGUUGAGUCUGAGUCAAGACAGACUAGAAGAGGGUUGAGUCUGAGUGAGGACAGAGACCAGAAGAGGGUUGAGUCUGAGUCAAGACAGAGACCAGAAGAGAGUGGAAUCUGAGUGAGGACAGAGACCAGAAGAGGGUUGAGUCUGAGUGAAGACAGAGACCAGAAGAGGGUUGAGUCUGAGUGAGGACAGAGACCAGAAGAGGGUGGAGUCUGAGUGAAGACAGAGACCAGAAGAGAGUGGAGUUUGAGUGAAGACAGAGACCAGAAGAGGGUUGAGUCUGAGUGAAGACAGAGACCAGAAGAGGGUUGAGUCUUAGUCAAGACAGAGACCAGAAGAGGGUGGAGUCUGAGUGAGGACAGAGACCAGAAGAGGGUUGAGUCUGAGUGAGGACAGAGACCAGAAGAGGGUUGAGUCUUAGUCAAGACAGAGACCAGAAGAGGGUGGAGUCUGAGUGAGGACAGAGACCAGAAGAGGGUUGAGUCUGAGUGAGGACAGAGACCAGAAGAGGGUGGAGUUUGAGUGAAGACAGAGACCAGAAGAGGGUUGAGUCUGAGUGAAGACAGAGACCAGAAGAGGGUUGAGUCUUAGUCAAGACAGAGACCAGAAGAGGGUGGAGUCUGAGUGAGGACAGAGACCAGAAGAGGGUUGAGUCUGAGUGAGGACAGAGACCAGAAGAGGGUGGAGUCUGAGUCAAGACAGAGACCAGAAGAGGGUUGAGUCUGAGUCAA